AUGGUAACAAUUGCAAUAAUAGAGGAAAAGGGAGCCCCAAAAGAACUGCUAUCUUCCUAUACGGGAAUUUUGUACCCUGGUACUUUAUGCAGCCCUGAAACUUUCCAAGUUCUUGAUUCUUUUGAAGCCAGGAGUGACGAUGUGAUCCUAGCGACUUACCCAAAAAAUGGUACUAACUGGCUUGAUCAAGUCUUAAAUGACUUGGAAACUACAGCUGCAAAAUAUACAGAGGAGGAAAUUAAAGAGAGAAUUAAUAUUACAAAUGAAUUAUCUCUAUUUCCACGUCUAGAAUUUGGGGAUCCAGAGAAAUUUAAGGAAGAUAACUUACAUGAGCAAGUGAGGAUAUCACCGAACUUGACGCCGAUCCAAAAGAUUGAGGCAACCGAUGUGAUUAAUCGUGACCGAGAUGUGUUCUCUACAAAACCGGGGCGGACAACUGAGACCUAUCACCAUAUCUGCACGAUCACUGGAGCCAAGGUAACAUUGAGACCCUACCGUAUCUCAGCAGCCAAAAGAGAAGAAAUCAAGGCCGAAGUAAAGAAAAUGUUGGAAUUAGGGGUUAUUGAAGAAUCGUACAGUCACUGGUCCAGUCCAAUCAUUCUAGUGCCUAAAUCUGACGGUACUACGAGAUUCUGUAAUGACUUUUGCCAACUGAAUGAAAUAUCCCAAUUCAAUGCAUAUCCCAUAUCACGCAUCGACGAACUGGUUGAUCGACUGGUGUGUUGGGGCUCCUAUUUUGAUUAUUUAGUUGAAUGGAACAAGCAUAUGGAUGAUGAAAAUGUUAUGGCGAUAACCUAUGAGGAGCUGAAAGAGCAUCUCCCUCCUCAAGUCCUGCCGAAAUCUAUUUUCAAAAGCAAGGCCAAGAUACUGCUGCUGGUUCGAAAUCUAAAAGACACCGCUGUAUCUUAUUUCCAUUUUUACAACAAUAUACCUACACUUCCUUCCUUCGGCUCAUGGGAUGAGUAUUUUACAGCUUUUAUGCAUGGAAAAUUGUGUUGGGGCUCCUAUUUUGAUUAUUUAGUUGAAUGGAACAAGCAUAUGGAUGAUGAAAAUGUUAUGGCGAUAACCUAUGAAGAGCUGAAAGAGAAUCAGACUUUAGGACUGAAAAAAAUAGCUGACUUCUUUGGGUUCUCCCUGAGUGAGGAAGAGAUUCAGACUGUUGCAGAGAAGAGCAGUUUCAAAGCUAUGAAAGAGAAAUCCUCCAAGACUCAUGGAGCAUUUGGGAAAAUUUUCUUCCGUAAAGGAAUUAUUGGUGAUUGGAAGGACCAUUUCUCUGAAGCUCAGAAUAAAGAAAUGGACAGAAAAUUUGAAGAGUGUUUAGCAGGAACUAAACUGGGAGAAAAGAUGAAAUAUGGGUUGUAUUGCAAGGCCUAAAGAGCAAAACCUAAUGCAUCUGUUUCCCUUAGUAUGAUCUGUUCACUUGUUUUUGUACACUGGAAAAAUCAUCUAAAUUUCUGUGUAUCCAAGUGUAAAUCAUUAUGUUCUGGUCCUUAAUACCAGUAAUUUAUGACAGAUGUGUGCUUUAAAUGUGAUACCUCACCAUGCUUAAUAGAUCUUUUAAGUAUGCAUAUGCCCAUUGUAUGACACUGCCUUAGAAAAGAGCUGUAGACUUCAAUAUCAUAUACGCUAUUCUGAGGCAGAAUCAGCCAGAAGCACCAUCAGUUAUUUAACCAUUCUAUCAAAAACAAUUUAAUCGGAGAGCCAAUUCUGCACUGAGAAAUCCCAUGAAGUUCCUGGGGGUUGCAUUUGAUGUAAGUCAGUGCAGAAUUAGUGUCCAGAUGAUCCAGGUGUCCGAAAGCGAUAGAAAUUCCAUCAAAUAGAUUAGUUUUUGC